ACUGUUGAAGAUGAAAGCCAGACUACUGGCAUUGGAGGUAGGGAAAAACAAUCCCACCCACUUCAAAACAAAUCAACCAAGGGGCUUACCGCUGAGAAUACUGCAGUUUCUCUUGUCCUUCAUGGGUGUGGCCUUCAUGUUUUCUGUUCCAAGUUUUAUUUCAGCACCCAUUCUAUAGUUCCAGUCCUUCAUUCCACUUUCUAUCCCUGUCAUAGAGAGCCGGAGGGUUUAGAAAGAUGGGUUAAGCCUCCAUCAAGUUUGCUUCAUACUAUGAAUGACACUCAGCUCUUCUGGAGGGCUUCUUUUGUACCUCAAAUAAAAGAAUACCCAUUUAAUAGAACUCCAAAAAUUGCAUUUAUGUUCUUGACAAGAGGGGAACUACCCUUAGCACCACUAUGGGAGAGGUUCUUUGCUGGGAAUGAAGGGCUUUAUUCAAUCUAUAUUCAUUCACUCCCAGACUAUCAAGCCAAUUUCUCAGCUUCGUCAGUUUUUUAUAGAAGACAAAUUCCAAGUCAGUUACCAAAUUUCUCGACUACCGUGAGUACCCCGAAUUGGUUCGUGCAUUCUAAUUCACAAUACGUUUGUGAUCUCAAACGCUCGGAUAUGCGAUCCAGAUCAUUAAAAGAGGAGAACCGUAAAUUUGAAGAAAAGAAAAUGAAGAAAAUGGGAAAA